AUGACUCGCCCCGUCGUAGAAGUCGAAUACACAGAUACGAGGACAAGUCCGAGAGUUCGGGAGACAAGAAUACAAGAGAUACCGUGGGAGGAAGUGUCGCAAAUACGGAAUCGAGAGCGUGCGCUAGUAAGAAAAGAUUCCUCACCAUCUCCUCCUCCACAGCAGUAUGGACAAGACGAUGAAAGAUACGAACCUCGGCGCGGUCAGGAAGACUACACAACGAGAAGAGUCGAGCGACAAAGACACACAGACGAUGCUGUAGUGCCGUAUCGACGACAAGCCGACGACGAUUAUGAUCGCCGAACAACACCACGAGGUGCGAUGAGCCGCUAUGACAACGACAGUGACAGCGACUCUUCCUACGACCACCGGCGGCGUAGAAGAAGGAGAGGAGACGACCGACGCACACGAAGUAAAUAUCGUAGCGAGGCAGGCAGUCGCCGAAGUCAACAACAAGACCAGAAACAAUAUCAAGACCAAGACCCAGACCAGAACGAUGACAACGCCUCCCGCCUCUGGUACUCCGGUAAACCGCGACGUGACGGCUCCUUCUUUGAGAAAAACUUCGACUCCUCUUACGAUGGUCUUAUAGCUGCCGCCGCCGGCGCAGCCAUGGGCGCCAUCACAUACCGGAACUUCACCUCGUCGGACGCGGACCCCAAGCUAAGCGAAAUGGACCCAGAGACCAAAAACCAGAAGAUCUUGAAAACUGUUGCUGGCGCUGCGGCGGGAGCGGCGCUGUUCAAUGCGGGGGAGAAUUGGUAUAGGAUUUUUACGGAGGAGAGGGAGGCGAAGAUGGAGAAGAGGGAGCAGGAGGAUGAGGGGUUUCGGGCUAAGCAGGAGAGGAGGAGGCUGGAGGCGGGGAAUGGGUAUAUGUCCCGUCAGGCAGCGCUGCAGAAUGGAUUCAAGGUUGCUACUAAGUUUAUGUAA